CCCAGGGAGCCUGGUCUCUGCCUUCCUAUCCUGGAGGAAGGUGAGGCCGAGCCUCCUUCCCUCCCUCCUUCCCUCCCUGCCCCCACUGCACGCGGGGCUGGCUGGGCUCCAGCUGGCCUCCGCAUCAAUAUUUCAUCGGCGUCAAUAGGAGGCAGCGGGGACAGCCGCUGCGGCAGCACUCGAGCCAGCUCCAGCCCGCAGCUCACAGGGAGAUCCAGCUCCGUCCUGCCCGCAGCAGCCCAAGCCUGCACACCCACCAUGGAUGUCUUCAAGAAGGGCUUCUCCAUUGCCAAGGAGGGCGUAGUGGGUGCAGUGGAGAAGACCAAGCAGGGGGUGACGGAAGCAGCUGAGAAGACCAAGGAGGGGGUCAUGUAUGUAGGAACCAAGACCAAGGAGAAUGUUGUACACAGUGUGACCUCAGUGGCCGAGAAGACCAAGGAGCAGGCCAACGCCGUGAGCGAGGCUGUGGUGAGCAGUGUCAACACUGUGGCCGCCAAGACCGUGGAGGAGGCGGAGAACAUCGCGGUCACCUCCGGGGUGGUGCGCAAGGAGGACUUGAAGCCAUCUGCCCCUCAACAGGAGGGUGAGGCAGCCAAAGAGAAAGAGGAAGUGGCCGAGGAGGUAGGAGCUGGGCUUCUGGGGUGUACCAUGGGGGGGGUUCCUGCGUAGAGACCCCAUCCCCCACAGACUCACUGCUUCCCUCCUGGGCUCCCAGGGCCCACCAGACCUUCUGCAGCCCCCACAGGGAUUGUGGGCAGGGCUAACCCUGAACCUGAGUGGGAGGUCCCCCUAUGGAUGACCCCUCAGGCAUGAGGCACAGGGGACAACCUUUCCCAGCUGACUCAGGGUGGCCCGUUAGGGCUGGGGCCUGGAGCUGGGUGUGCAGGUCAUUCUCUCUCCCAGGUCCAGAGUGGGGGAGACUAGAGGGCUACAGGCCAGCGCGGACGCCCUGAGGAGUGCUCCUCUGCCUUGACACCAUCCCCUCCUAGCACAAGGAGCGCCUGCCUUGAGUGACCUGCGGCUGCCCACGCUCCUGCCCUCGUCCCUGGCCACCCUUGGCCUGUCCAUCUGUGCUGCUGCACCAACCUCACUGCCCUCCCUCGGCCCCGCCCGCCCUCUGGUUCUUCUGACCCCACAUAUGCUGCUGUGAAUUUUUUUUUUUUUAAUGAUUCCAAAUAAAACUUGAGCCCACUCCUGC